AGGUACGAAUAAAUUUAUAUUUUGCAGUAAUAAAUAACAGCAUUUAGUGGUAUCAGUGUUACGUCCGUAGAAAAUGCAUGUUCAUCAGGCAAAUGUCACAAAAAUAUCUAUGUAUAUUCAAGUAGUUUCUGUAAAAUGAUCGAGUAAUUUGUUAAUUAUUUAGUAAACUUAGGAUAAUGUAAAUUUUAUCCCUAGUGCGAAUGCAUCUUGGACAAAGGUGCCAUUGGAAGCCAUUGAUUUAAUUUCCUUACAGUUCCGAAAAUAGGGGAACAUAAACAAACAUAAACAUCAAAGUUUUCGAUCAGAGUUUCGCCUCUGUAAAACUACUCUGUAAUACCAACGUAAUAGCUGUGAAAUUAACUUAGUUUACACUAUAUCGUACACCGUAUCUCCAACAUUAUACUGUUUUGACAGUUCAAGCGGAUCAGCAUAUCAAUAAAAUGGGUAAGGUGAAAGACAUAAGCACAGAUGAAGAUAUGGGUGUAGAAACUAAUGAAGUGUCGCCACAAAAAAGGCAUAAAAAGCAUAAGCAUAAGAAACAUAAGAAGAAGAAACCAACACACAAUGAAAGUGAUAGCUUUAAUGAUACUGCUGUCGAAACAGAGAAGAAGAAAACAUUUAGAGUUAAAAUGAAAAAGGAUGAUGAUAAAAGUUCUGAAAAGCCUCGCGAAAAAGUGCUGAAAUCAUCUAAUCUCAGUGUCGCAGGUUCAAGUACUGCUCCAUCGCCAAAAGCUACAACAAAGAAAAAAGUACCAAAAAGUAAUAAAGGUAAAGAGAGUGGUACUAGUAGUGAGGAGGAACGAUGGCUCGAUGCAAUAGAAUCUGGGAAACUGGAAGAGGUUGACGAUGAAUUGAAAAAGAUCAAACCAAAGGAUCCAAAAUUAAUGACAGCUCGCCAAAGAGCUAUGUUCGAAAGAAAGACUGAUACAGAACCAAAUCCAGGUGUAGAACAACUUAUGUCUUUACCAACUGGAUACAAAGAAAAAGUUAUGACGGCUGAAGCCAUACAAAAGGCUGCUCUUAAAUCUUUAAAAAGAAAACAACUGGCCGACGAGAAAAGGGAAAAAGAUAAGAAAAAAACAAUGGAAAGAUUAUUGAAGAAGCAAGAGUCUAAAGCUUCUAAAGUUAUUAGUAAAGGAAAACCUUCCAGAAGACAAGUUCCUUUAGUUACAUAUCGUUUAACACUAGAAAGAAGUUCAAUAUCUUUACCACCGGGAGAAAAUUUUCCAUUGCAGCCUACAAAAGGGAAAGACCCUCCAAGCAAAGUCCUUUGCGGCGUAAAUCAAUGCAGAAAUCCGAAAAAAUAUUCAUGUUCAAAAACUGGAGUACCGCUGUGCAGUUUAGAGUGUUAUAAAACUAAUUUAGCAAUAUCUACAUGAAUGUAGCAUAUGUCAAUAGUUACAUUCUACUGUCUUUCACUGUUGUAGACUUGCUUUAUUCAAGAUCUAAACACAACUAUUAAUUUAUUUAUUUUGAUGUUCAUUUAUUACUGCUAUUAACAAUUGAACUAAUUUAAUGUGUCAAUAUUUGUUCCCAUUUUACAUCGUUCUUAAGUUCACAGAAGAAUCGAUCAAAGGAAUUUUGUUUCCUUCAUACAAACUUAGAACACAACAAAGUUCCAAGUACAUAACGGAAAUCUAUAGUAAAAAAAGUGACCGGCAUUGUUGAUCCUAGACAAAUUUUUUCAAGUAGAAAAGAGUCAUUAUCUCAGUUAUGUGUCCAAACUUGACCCCAUCAAUGCAAUACAUAUUGGAGUCUUGCGUGUAUAUUAUCAUUGAAUUCCUUGGAAAAAGAAAAGGAAGAGGAAAACAGAAUGUAAUAUAUAUGGAAAAAAUUAAAAAUUAAAUUAAGUAAAAAUCAUUGUCUCUAGAUUCAGUCAUUAAUUGAUGGCUGCUUUGUAAAUACUUUUGUACAUGCAAUUAUCUGUAUAUUUUUACAUAAAUAGAUAAUUACGUU